GAGCUCUCUCCGUCGUCCCCGUGAGACUUGGUACCGUUCAAUCACAGUGGGGGUCGUGCUCGGAAGCUCCCUCGCUCGCUCGCUCGAUCGAUCAUGGCGUCCGCUCCUUCGAAGCUCUAUGCAGACGACGUCAGCCUCCUCGUGGUGUUGCUGGACACGAACCCCUUCUUCUGGAGCGCUUCUUCUCUCCCGUUCUCCAAGUUCAUCUCUCACGUGAUUUCGUUCCUGAAUUCGAUUCUGCUGCUCAACCAGCUGAAUCAAAUCGUGGUGAUAGCUACGGGACACAACUGCUGCGACUACGUUUAUGAUUCUUCCUCUCUGGCGAACCGGUCGUCGGGGACGGGGAAAUUGCCGGCUCCGUCCGCUGAUCUUUUGGAGAAGUUGGAGGAAUUUGUGAUUCGGGAUGAGAAGUUGUUGAAACGAGAGCCUGAAGGCCCUAUAGUGUCUUCGCUGUUGUCCGGGUCGCUCUCGAUGGCGCUUUGCUACAUUCAGAGGGUUUUUCGUUCAGGACCGCUACAUCCGCAUCCUCGAAUUUUAUGCUUGCAUGGAUCUCAGGAUGGGCCUGAACAAUAUGUUGCCAUCAUGAAUGCAAUUUUCUCUGCUCAGCGUUCGAUGGUCCCCAUAGAUUCCUGUUUCAUUGGAGCUCAAAAUUCUGCCUUUCUCCAGCAGGCUUCCUAUAUUACCGGUGGCGUAUAUCUGAAGCCACAACUAUUGGAUGGAACAUUUCAGUAUCUAUCGACAGUUUUUGCCACUGAUUUGCAUUCUCGUGGGUUCUUGCAAUUGCCUAAGUCAGUUGGUGUUGAUUUUCGCGCAUCGUGCUUUUGCCAUAAAAAAACUAUUGACAUGGGCUACAUCUGUUCUGUAUGUUUGUCUAUAUUCUGUAAGCACCACAAGAAAUGUUCAACCUGUGGAUCUGUUUUUGGUCAGCCCCAAUCAGAUGCAGCCUCAGAACCUAGCAAGAAAAGAAAGACCGGAGAUGCAUAAGCUCCUCAGCUUACAUGUUUGUGGUUUCAUCAGUGAAGUCUCUGCUUGAGCAGCUUCACAAAUCUUUGAUUUUGCUCACUGCAAGUAGGCUCGUAUCUGCAUUUGCAGGCUUGUGGAUGAAAAGUAGUCUGAUUAUGGCUUAAAGAGCAGUGUGAGCUUCAACUGCAGUGACAUGCCUGGGAAUUAGGGAAGUCCUGAACCUGUUACGUGGAGCGACGACUAAUUUAAUCAAAAGGAGGAUUUUGUUUUUACCCCCUCUUUAAGUCUUUCUCUCGGAACUAAUGUUGUUGCAAUGGAGGUUUUCUGGUCCCUCCCCCCGAGUUUUUCUUGUGGAACUAAAUAUUUGUAUACUAUGUCAUAUGAUCCCUAAGGGUUGCGAUUAUUUAUCUCCUACGAUAUUUAGCUCUGAAAGCUUUAGAAUUGAGAUUUGAUU